CGCAGAGAAGACGAAGAAGAAGAAGAAGGCGACGACGACGACGCAUAUAACUCCCUGAGUCACGGCGUUUUCCGUAAUUUUCUUCUUCAAUUCAUUGCUGUCACUCUACUCAUUUCCGGAGACACUAUACUGAUUUGAAGAUUUCUAACCCUCGUCAAAAGGAGGACGGACACGGAAGUAUACUCAUCUCUCAUCAUGUUCAAGCAUUCACCUUCUAGCAGGAGCCAUAGAUCAAAAGGGAUCAAGACUAAACAUGUUCUGCAAAUCUGUCUAUUGCUUGCUGUUUGCUUCUGGCUGAUUUAUCAAGUCAAACGCUCCUAUGAUAAAGGGAAAGAAUUCAAUGAAAAUGAUCCUGGGUUUUCGAUGAAGGCAGGAAACAUCUAUGAGCCUACAAAGUGGGGAAGGAAAACUCUCCUUCCACAUUCAAAUGAAAUGAGUAUAACUAAUGCCAAGCAAGAUAAUGACAGCCAAGAAGACGAUGAAGACACUAAGAGUGAAGAAGUGGAGCAAGAUCAAGACAACAAGUUUGAAGAUGAAAAUGAUGAAGAUAGGGGAGGUGGAGAUGAUGCUGUUGAUGAACACGGUCAAGAGAAAUCUGAGGAACAAGAAGAUGAACUAGUUGAUGAUGAGAAGGAGGGAGGAGAGGUUGAUGGAACUGAGAUCAAAGGUUCUGGAGAGAACAAUGAUCACGAGCUUGAUGAGGAAAACAACAUGAGUACACAUGAGGCACUUUAUAAAGGAGAUGAUGCUUCAAGUGCCGUCACCCAUGAUACACAGACUGUACUUGCGGAAAAUGGAAACAUCGCCCUAGAGGAUUCAGAUCACGAGGUAAUAAGAUCUGAUCAGAACAUCACACAGUUAGCCUCGGAUAAUCAUGAGAGAAAUCGUUCCUUAAUUACAACAGGCCGGGAUGAAAGUAUUCUGGAGCAUGUCUCAUCCAAUCCUAAAAAUAUUUCGUUCUUGAACCAAACGAGUCUAGUCGACAGCCAUCUUGAAGUCAGAGUAUCCUUUCCGAAUUUGACCGAAUCAAAUAUAAAUUCUACCAUUGAGGGUAAUAUCACUGCUGAUGGGGAAGACUCCUUGCCAGUCACUUUUAUGCAGCAGGUGAAUGCCACUGUGCAGAUUGUUGAGAAAACUCUAUCUGAUUCGAAUACAACUUCCAUAGAAACUGAGAAUUUGAACUCAAUCUCAGUAAAUUCCUCGAGUGUCUCAACUAUCACACCUGCCUCCGAUAAUGCCACAUAUGUUGAACUCAAGAUUUCUGGAACUGAAAAUCUGGAUGAAAUUGGGCAAGAUUUGAUUGAUCAGUCUGAUACAUCCAUUUCCUUGGAAGAGAAAGAUAUUAGAAUGGACCUAGAAACUCUUCCUGAGAUACAGACAGAAGGGACUAACGCUGAUGACGCGGCAGCAGAAUGAGUUUCUCAAAGAAGGUCAGUAAACUCGUUCUAUUGGUUCUCAAGUUUGCUUGUGUUUUCGGGUUCUUUUUGUUUUGUGAGCAUCCCAAGUUAAAAGAGUGUUCUUUAGCCUGGAUCAUUCGUAAUUUUCUUAAAGAGUACGACCACGAAUUAGCAUGCAAAAUAUAGUCAGGUGUUCUUCAAGAGUGAAUCUUUAGUGCAAUCAUCUGUAGUUAUAAUCACACUUUCCUGUCCUUUUAAAGCUGGUUUACAAGCCUUAUGGGCGUUUACUUGUGGCCUCAUCUUGAAAGUCUUAUUGGCAUUUACUUGUGCUAAUGUGCAAGGUAGGGACAAGGAAUAUAUACUCUACUUUCAU